AACUUUCACCUUUGACCCGCAUGAAGAGGAUGCGAGCGUGGCCGAUGGAGAAGCAUGUCUCAAAUUCAAUGACAUUUUGGACGUUUUCGCCUUACUACGGCGACCUAUAGCGAAGAAAAAAUGGAGCAAGAACUCGCGGCACUAGUCCAGCAGCUUAUCGGGGCAGUAGAAGUCGCCAUGAGCCCCAUGUCUGCUUCACAACAGCGGCAAGAAGCGUAUCAGCUCUGCGAAAACUUUAAGGAACACUCUCCACACUGCGCAGCUUGUGGUCUGCAGCUGGCACAAAAAAACAACAAUCCUGUCAUCAGACACUUUGGGCUCCAGCUACUGGAACACUGUGCUAAAUUUCGCUGGAAUUCCUGGCAGCCGCCAGAGAAGGUUCAGUUUAAGGACACUGUGCUGAAAAUGAUGGCAGAGGGAGUGGAAAAUAUCUUAACUGAGCAGCCGUACAUCAAGGAUGCGCUGUCCAAGAUUGUUGUGGAGUUGAUCAAGAGAGAAUGGCCGCAGCACUGGCCUACUAUGAUGGAGGAGCUCAGCAGGGUGGCUGCACUGGGGGAGACACAGACAGAGCUGGUACUGCUAAUCUUCCUGCGGUUGGUGGAGGACAUCGUAGCUUUCCAGAAUUUGCCAACUCAGCGCAGGAAGGACAUCCUGCAGUGUCUGACGGCCCACAUGGGGGAGCUGUUUACCUUCUUCACUACCACCCUGCAGACUCACACCAUGCAGUACCAUCAGCUGGCUCGCAGUCUUGGGGAAGCAGAGAAAGUCAAGGCUCAGUGCCACUGCCGUGUGGCGCAGGCUGUUCUCAAGACACUGUGCGGGUACGUGGAGUGGGUGUCGGUGUCCCAUGUGUUUGCUAACGAUGGGAAGCUGGUGGAGUCACUUUGCUUGUUACUGGGGCAACGGGAGUUCCAACUGCACGCCGCUGAGUGUUUACUUCUCCUGGUCAACAGAAGGGGUAGAACUGAAGAGAGAAAACCCCUAUUACUGUUGUUCAACGAUGGAGCCAUGGAUACCAUUCUAUCAGCUGCAAGCUCUGCAGACAGAGAAGCCCUGCAGAAUGAGCAGCAUUACCUGUUCCUGAAGCGCCUGUGUCAGCUGCUGGUCGGCCUGGGGCAGCAGCUGGGGACCCUCUGGGGUCCAACUGGCCUGGGAGUGGGCUGUCCAGCAAACUUCAGCAAGUACCUGUCAGCCAUCCUGUCCUUCACAGCACACAACAGCCAGAGCCUGUCCUCCCUGACUCAGGGCCUGUGGGCAGCAUUCCUCAGACAUGAGCACAUCUCCAAGGACUCUGUUUUUCUCGAGUUCGUCCCUAAAGUCCUUCAACAGGCCACCAUUAAUGUUGUCAAGACCGGCUUCCCUUCACUCUCCAACUCCCCCAGCUGUACAUACUCCCAGGUCGACUUCGACAGCGAUGAUGAGUUCAACUCGUUCUUCGCAGCAUUCCGUGCCCAAAUUGUGGAGACCGUGCGGUUGUGUACCGGCCUCAUGCCAAAGGUGGCGUUCCAUUACACAGACCAGUGUAUCCGCCAGCUCAUGGCCUCCCCUAUCAACUCCAGUGAUGCCACUGCAACUGGCCAGGGAUACUGCAACCUGACCUCCCCCUCAUUUGUGAGAUGGGACGGUCUGACCUGUUACAUGGAAGCUGUUGUCAACAAGAUAGUAAAGCUGAAUGCUGUUCAACUUGUUAUUCCUGAAGGAGUGUCUCUCUUAGAAGAUGUCUUAGGGUACAGUCCUAAGGACCCCCUAAUCCUGUCUUGUGUGCUGACUUGUGUCUCCACCCUGUUUCCAUUUGGACUGACACCAUUGACACCAUACUGCCCAUAGUACUACAGAAGAUAUUUGCUGCAGUGGUGUUUUCUCUUCCUGAACAGACGAAUGCCACCAUGCGCAGCCGAGGAGUUCAAAACGUGCGCCGCCAUGCCUGCUCUGCCCUCCUCAGGAUAUGCAGGGACAGUCCAGACAUACUUCUGGCAUCGUUUGAUCUUCUGUAUGGUUAUGUGAAGAAGCUUCUAGCUGAAGAGCCUUCAUUGACACAGAUGGAGAAAACCUCACUGUCUGAGUCCCUCAUGCUCAUCAGUAACCAGUUCAAGAAUUUUGACCGGCAGUCGGCAUUCAUACGGGAGAUGGUGGCACCCGUCAGUGCAGUCUGGCUGUCACCCACCAUGAAACAGGUUAUGUCAUCCCCAGCACUAUUCAUCUCCUCUGUGGGCAUGGAUAAACCAGCAUGUCCACCUGGCCAGAAUGACCCAGCUCAGAGGGACAGGCAACAGGUGAUGUACUGUAUCAACAUGAUGCUGG